AUGGAAUUUUCUCAAUAUAAGCAGCAAACCAACGCCCUCCGCUCUCCUACAGGUGACCUGCCCCCGUUUGCGGCGUUGAGAGCGGCAGCAACACCAGCAACACCAGCAACAGCAGCAACAGCGGCAACAGCAGCACAAGAAGCAGCAGGGAGAAACAGCAGGAGAUGCCUCAACCGCCCUAAUCUGCUGCGAGGGAAAGCAGCAGCGAAAAUACAGAAGGGGGCCAAAUACCCCCCCUUGCAAGCCUUCAGUGGUAGUGCAAGCAGCAGCAGCAGCAGCAGCUGCAGCAGCAGCUGCUGCUGCUGCAGUUGCAGCUGCCACCGCAACAGCAAGGGCAACCCCCCCAACUGCAGCAGCAGCAGCUGCUACCACAACAGCAAAACAAGCCGCCUUAACUGCAGCAAGAACAACAACAGCAGCAGCAGCUGCUGCUGCGACAAGAAGCUCGAGGGCAGGAGCAGCGGCAGUACCAGCAGCAGCAAGUGCCUUAGCAGCAGAUGCAGCAACAGCGGCACUAGCAGCAGCAGCAGCAGCAGCAACAUUGGUGCUGCAUCUUCCUGCUGCUCCCAUGCCUUGGAGUUGCUGCUGCAGGGGGGCGAGGGGGAAACAGCUGUCUCCUCUAAACGAGUUGAACAACGCAAACAUUAUUUUAAAGACAAAGACAUUGAGAUAUUUUGGCUGUCUCCGAGAGGUGCUGCAGACAGCAAACAAUCAAACCCAGAAGCAACUCCCGCUGCUGCUGCUGCUGCUGCUGCUGCUGCUGCUGACGGUUCAAGCCCUGCUUCUGCAGAUGACGCUGCAGCAGCAGCAGCAGCAGCAGCUGCUGCUGCUGCUGCAACAGUAGGACAGACGACGGCUGCUGCUGCGAAACAACAAGAGACGCAAAAUAUGAAGCAGCUAUUAAAUGAUAUAUUUUUGUGUUUGUAUACUGCCCUCAAAGAAAACCACGAAGAGCAGCAGCGGCUGGCUCGCCGCCAGAAACGUCUCGAGCAAUGCCUACAGCAGCAGCAGCAGCAGCAGCAGCAGCAACUGCAGCAGCAACUGCAGCAGCAGCAACUGGCGAAGAAGGAGCUGCCGAAAGUAGCAGAAGAGACACAAAUCAGAGGCGACGUUCAACGCUUCUCUCCUCCACCCAACUGCAGCCGCAUCGCAAGUACUGCAGCAGCAGCAGCAGCUGCUGCUGCUGCUGCAGCUGUUGCUGCUGCAGGCGCCGAGCUGCCUCCUAUACCACCUCACCCCUGGUACGUGGGCUGUGUAAAUCCAGCAGCAAACGUAGCAGCGAAUGCAGCAGCAACCGCAGCAGCAAAUGUAGCAGCAAACGCAACAGCAACCGCAGCAGCAAACCCACGGGCAGCAGCGGACGCAACAGCAGCAGACGCAGCAGCAGCAGACGCAGCAGCGGCUGACGCUGGCCCUCCCGUUGAAACUUUCCUGUGGAGAAGCAGGCAGUUGCUCCAGCAGCAAGAACAGCAGCAGCAGCAGCAGCAGCAGCAGCAGCAGUAG